AUGUCCGUUCUCGCCUUCGUCAUAUUACUCACUGUAGUGGGUAUUGUGCUGGGCGUAGUUUUUGGCGUAGCGUCGACGCCCAAAUUUGCCACGGCAACGCCCUGGUGGAGACAUGGCCUUAUCUACCAGCUCAACGUUCCCACUUUUGCCAAUGACGUGGAGGGCGUGAUUGGUCGGCUCAAGGACGCUACGACGCGGAUGGCUUACCUCUCAAAACGGGUAGGCAUACAUUCGCAUUUCCGACUCCUAUUUCGCUACAUUUACUCUAACCGCAAAGAUUUCCCCUUUGACAGGUUCUGCGAUAACCAGGGACACUUCUGCAGUUAA